AUGUCGGGCCGCUCCGUGCCACAUGCCCACCCGGCCACCGCCGAGUACGAGUUUGCCAACCCGAGCCGCCUGGGCGAGCAGCGCUUCGGGGAAGGCCUCCUGCCAGAAGAGAUCCUGACCCCUACCCUCUACCACGGCUACUAUGUCCGGCCCCGGGCCGCGCCAGCUGGGGAGGGCAGCCGGGCAGGGGCCUCCGAGCUUCGGCUCAGCGAGGGCAAGUUCCAGGCGUUUCUGGACGUGAGCCACUUUACCCCAGAUGAGGUGACCGUGAGGACUGUGGACAACCUCCUGGAGGUGUCCGCCCGGCACCCGCAGCGCCUGGACCGCCACGGCUUCGUGUCGCGCGAGUUCUGCCGCACCUACGUCCUGCCGGCCGACGUGGACCCCUGGCGGGUGCGCGCCGCACUCUCCCACGACGGCAUCCUCAACCUGGAGGCGCCUCGGGGCGGCCGACAUUUGGACACAGAGGUCAACGAGGUCUACAUCUCCCUGCUCCCAGCGCCCCCUGAUCCCGAGGAAGAGGAGGAGGCCGUCGGUGUUGAGCCCUGA